AUGGCUACAGCGUCGAGUCCCGAAAAGGUAGACAGCUUGUGGGCAACCACCACCAAGGUGGAAACUAAUGAAAAAUCUGGGAACACGGUCUCUGCGACUUCUUCGUCGGCGACAGCUACCGUGGCGGAGACCGACUGGGAUGACAAGGUCGGGAGGGCGGCACGGCGAAAAGUCGACAGCACGGUCCUUCCUUUACUCUUCCUGGGCCUCCUCGUCUUCCAGUUGGACCGCAUGAACAUUGCCAGUGCCCUCACCGGUGGUCUGAAGGCAGAUAUCAACAUCGACCAAUCCACCGUGAACCUCGGGAACCAACUCAUGUUCAUGUCCAUUGUCUUGCUAGAAAUACCCUUCAAUAUGGCACUGCAGUGGCUCGGUCCACGCAAGUGGCUUUCGCUCCAGAUCUUCAUCUUUGGCCUGAUCGCCACACUCCAAGUGUUCGUCAAGAACCGGGCGGGCUUCCUGGCUGUGCGCUGCAUUCUCGGACUGGCGGAAGCCGGAUACAUUCCCGGCGGUGCAUACACCCUGUCGACAUGGUACACCAAGAAACAACUGGCGCGACGUGUCGCCAUCUUCUUCUUUGGCAUGUUUGGCGGCAAUGCCAUCAGCCCUCUGCUCGCAUCGGGCAUCCUCAAGCUUGACGGUGUACAUGGCCUUAGGGGCUGGCAGUACAUCUUCCUUAUUGAAGGCCUGUUCACGGUCGGGGUCUCAGUCCUCAUGUUCCUAUUCCUUCCCGGCUCCCCUUCCCAACCCCGCCCACUUGGCACACCCGGUUUGAUCCGUUUCAAGGCCGUCGAGACCCAGUACCUCCAAGACUGCCUGGAAGCCGACAGUGACGAACACAACUAUGGCGCCUCAGGCAUGAAGAUCCCUUGGAAGCUGGUCUGGGACACGGUCUCGCAUUACAAGCGCUGGCCGCACUAUGUUUCCACCUUUGCCGUGUUCUCGACCUGGGCACCACUGACAACCUACACGCCGUCAAUCGUCAAGGCUCUUGGUUUCGAUACAAUCUCAGCCAACGCGCUUGCAGCCGUUGGCCCGGCCCUCUCUCUGCUCGUCGUUUUCCUCUUUGCGUGGCUCAGCGAUCGCACAAACCGCCGCGGCGCGACCGUCAUCGUCGCGCAGGUCUGCUAUCUCAUCGUCCUCAUUGUCGCCCGCCAGGCCCAGCCGCACGUCGGCAAGUGGUCCCGCUGGGGCCUGUGGACUGCUGUCAACGCGUUUGCGGUCGGUUACCACCCCGUGCACAACUCGUGGGUGCAGCUCAACUGCCAUGAUCCGCGCGAGAGGAAUAUCAGUAUUGCCAUGUGGGUCAUGGCGGCCAUCUCAGGCCUCAUGUGCGGCUCGCAGUUUUACCAGGGCUCGGACGCGCCGUUCUACAACAAUGGCCUCCGCACCCAGAUCAUCAUGGUCGCGGUGGGUAUCGCCGCGGCCGCGGCACAGAUUGUCAUCUACGUGACGCACAACAGGCUCGUUGAGGAGGGCAAAGGUGUGUCCAAGGACGGCUCUGCACCGCGCGUUUACGUGCCCUGA